AGUAAAAAAAUAUUACGACAGUCUUAUACAUAUUCCUGAAUAUUUUUUGCCGCUGUGUGUAAAUUUAUUUUAGGAAAGUAUAGGUAACGAUAUAAAAUAAUAGAGAACGAUGGUGUAUUACUAUGAAAGUAUAAAUAUUUCGAUGAAAGGUAAUGGUUGAGGUUCAGUUUCGUUUAUAUCCAGAUGUGGUACAGAAUAUUAGAUUCUCAUCACGCCCCGGCCAAUGCCAGAGACGUCGCCGCAGACGGGCACGUUGCGCCAUGUGCAGCGUGGUUCAUAUAAAUACCCUGCGAUGCCGAUCUUAUGGUAUCAGUCCUUUUCUUUAUCAUCAACAAGCAAGCAAUACUUGAACAAACCCUACAAAAUGAUGAAGCUUAUCGUAGUCGUCUCUGCCUUGAUCACCAUUGCCGCGGCUAAGCCAACCGUAUAUGCGGCGCCCGUGGUGGCAGCCGCUCCCGCCCCUGUAGUCACGGCCUCCAGCUCGCAGUACUACCACCGCAUCCACAACGGGCUGGCCGCGUACGUGGCCGCGCCGGCCGCAUACGUCGCCUCCGCGCCCUACGUGGCGGCCUCGGCUCCGUACGUCGCGGCCCCUUACGUAGCAGCCCCUUACUCCGCCCCCGUCGUUGCCUUUUAAAUUAAACUUAGCUAUCAGCACACCAUGACUCAUUUGUGAUAUUUGAAAUAAAUUUUCGUUGGUAAAA